UUCAAAGAUCUUGUUUACAGAAAGCAUAGAGCCUCUAGUUCGGCGGUGUUGCAUGCGAGGGGUCUGCACGGUCACGGUGAACACAUAGGCUACUACACCGCUGGGAUAACGGAAUUCCAACCAGAGACACCCGCGGACAGACAGUUUUUGUUCGAUGUUACAGCUUUGAACUACUUAUGCGAUGUUGUUAUAGUGACUGCAAAUGACAUUGCCGCAUUUAUUUAAUUUUUUAAAAGAAUUUACCGCGGAUAGUUUCGGUGAGGGCAGGUGUUGGGAAUAAGGCGAGGUUUUUGAAUUGUAUCUCUUCUGAAUCAUUUUGUGGACGGCGUGGACCAAAGGCACGGGACGAGAUGGAUACGGAAAAGUACUUACCGGAGCUGAUGGCGGAGAAGGACAAACUGGACCCCACGUUUCAUCACUCUCUACGAUUACUAGAUCAAGAAAUUGAAAAAUUACAAAAAGAUGAAGGAAAAGAAGAAAAAGAAGAGGAGAAGUUCAUCGAUGUCGUCAUCAACAAGAACAUGAAGCUGGGCCAGAAAGUGUUAAUACCCGUCAGACAGUUUCCCAAAUUUAACUUUGUGGGCAAACUGCUGGGUCCACGCGGGAACUCACUAAAGAGACUGCAGGAAGACACGCUCACUAAGAUGUCCAUUCUGGGGAAAGGAUCAAUGAGAGACAAAGAGAAGGAGGAAGAGCUACGGAAGAGCGGAGAGGCCAAAUAUCAGCACCUGAACGAGGACCUCCAUGUCCUCAUAGAAGUGUUCGCUCCCCCUGCAGAGGCCUACAACAGGAUGGGUCACGCACUGGAGGAGAUCAAGAAGUUCCUCAUACCUGAUUACAAUGAUGAGAUCCGACAGGCGCAGCUGCAGGAGCUGACGUACCUGAAUGGUGGCUCAGAGGAUGCCAAGGUGCCAGCGGUGAGGGGCAAGCUGCCUGCAGCACGGGGUAGAGGGACACCUGCCCCAGGACCCAUCAGGAGUCGAGGAGGUGUGCCCCCUCCCCACGCAGCUGUCCCCCGUGGAGCAGCACCGAGAGGGGCACCCCCUAGCCGGGUACCAUCCACCCGAGGGAGGGGUGUGCCAGCACAAAGAACACGAGGGGCUCCCCCGCGGAGACCACCGCCUCCCGUAGUACAAGACACAUAUGGGGAAUAUGAAUAUGAUGAUGGAUACGGGACAGCUUACGAUGACCAGGGUUAUGACUCCUACGACACUAGUUACAGCAAUCAAGGACAGAACUCAGACCAUUAUUAUGAGUACGGACAGGAUAACGGUGAGGAAUCAUACGAGUCAUACGCAGGUCAGGAGGACUGGACAACUAAUCGUGGCAAGGCGCCAGCUGCACGGACGACCAAGGGAGUGUACAGAGAGACGCCCUACGCCAGAUAUUGAACUGAUUAUACAACAACCUGCACAAUCCCUCAUGGAUGUGUCAUCAAGUAAUGGAUUUUAUACGGACGCUCCCUUCUUUUUAGAAUAAAAACACAAACAAAACCAAACAAUAACACAGAGGAAAUGAUGAAGGUAAAGACCUUGAAAUCAAUCGUAAACAUGUGUUUAAAAAACGGAAGACCCUGGUAUGAUGUCAAGACUGUUUCCACCGGGAAUAAUGUGUAUAAUUUAGGUCAUCUACUCACUCCUAAACAAGCAGAUAUCUAAAUAUUCUGGACCCGGUUAUAGAGUGAUUGGUCAUUGGUAAUAUAUUAGUGAUUUAGUUGUAGAGAGGUGAAGUAUUGUAGAUAUUUUUGCCUGUCCCUUGCAAAUGAAACCUUUCCAAUCAGAAAAGAUCCUGAAAUAAAUAUUGUUGUUUUAUCUCCUUUUGUAAAUGAUAGUUCUUUAAUGUUAAAGGGCUUAUAAAAGCAUGGCGUGGAAUCAUUGUGGAUAGUGUCAACUGUUUUAUUCCUGUCUUAAAACGUGUAGAUGUGUGUGUUUCUGUUUAAUUUCCCCCGUUUAAUCAAUCUUCAAUCUCAGCUCAUACUCUUCUUUUUUUGUGUGUAAAAACCCUCAGUAAGAAAAACAUAAUCAAGAGCUGCAAGACAUUUUAGGUAAAGCUCUUAAUAAUUCAUUCCAAUCCAUAUAUUUUUUGGGGGGGCUUUAAUACCUGAAAUGCUUUCAGACAUUGUAUAAAUCAGGUUCUUGAGACAUUAACAGAAAUAGUAUAUUAGCAUAUUAACCUUAUCCGCUUAUGUAGGCCCUUUACAUUGUUCUUCUUGGUUGAUGCUCAAUAAACUUUUUGAAAUAUAGAAGUUUGUGUUCCAGAGCGUAAUUCUGUAUUUGCAUAAAUAGAAAAACACAAUCAUCUAAUCUAACAAAACUAACAUUGCAAGGAAUGAUGUUGACGAUAAUAUUGAAACUUUAAUACAGGUUCUUAAUUAAAUUCCGUUCUUAAAUUCCGUAAUGUACACUACCAUUCAAAAGUUUGGGAUCACUUAGAAAUGUCCUUGUUUUUGAAUGAAAAGCAAAUUGUUUGUCUAUUAAAAUAACAUAAAAUUGGUCAUAAAUGGAGUGUUGUCACGGCAGUCCUCCUCUUCAUCUGAAGAGGAGAGGCGAGAUGGAUCGGAGGACCAAAAUGCGGCGUGGUAUGUGUUCAUCAUUAAUUUUAAUAAAGAAAACACUGAACACUGAAACCCUAUACAAAAACAAUACACGAAAUAACAACUGUGAAGCUAAUGCGAACUGCGCUGAAACAAGCAAUCAACAUAGACAAUCACCCACAAAGAAACAGUGCAACCCAGGCUACCUAAGUAUGAUUCUCAAUCAGAGACAACUAAUGACACCUGCCUCUGAUUGAGAACCAUACUAGGCCGAAACAUAGAAAUACCCAAAUCAUAGAAAAACAAACAUAGACUGCCCACCCCAACUCACGCCCUGACCAUACUAAAUAAUGACAAAACAAAGGAAAUAAAGGUCAGAACGUGACAAGUGUAGACAUUGUUAAUGUUGUAAAUGACUAUUGUAGCUGGAAAUGGCAGAUUUUUUUAAUGGAAUAUCUACAUAGGCGUACAGAGGCCCAUUAUCAGCAACCAUCACUCCUGUGUUCCAAUGGCACGUUGUGUUAGCUAAUCCAAGUUUAUCAUUUUAAAAGGCUAAUUGUGAAUAGGCGACUCCAGUGAACGUCAACAGUGAAGAGGCGACUCCGGGAUGCUGGCCUUCUAGGCAGAGUUCCUCUGUCCAGUCUCAACGUCAACAGUGAAGAGGCGACUCCGGGAUGCUGGCCUUCUAGGCAGAGUUCCUCUGUCCAGUCUCAACGUCAACAGUGAAGAGGCAACUCCGGGAUGCUAGCCUUCUAGGCAGAGUUCCUCUUUCCAGUGUCUGUGUUCUUUCGCACAUCUUAAUCUUUUCUUUUUUUGGUUAGUCUGAGAUAUGUAUUUUUCUUUGGAACUCGAAGGCCCUAGAAGGCCCUCAUCCCUGAGUCGCCUCUUUACUGUUGAUGUUGAGACUGGUGUUUUGCGGUUACUAUUUAAUGAAGCUGCCAGUUGAGGUCUAUUUCUUAAACAAGACCCUCUAAUGGUCUUGUCCUCUUGCUCAGUUGUGCACCGGGGCCUCCCACUCCUCUUUCUAUUCUUGUUAGAGCCUAUUUGCACUGUUCUGUGACGGGAGUAGUACACAGCGUUGUACAAAAUAUUCAGUUUUUUGGCAAUUACUUGCAUGGAAUAGCCUUUAUUUCUCAGAACAAGAAUAGACUGACGAGUACUUUGUUUUUAGUCAUUUUGAGCCUUUAAUCGAACCCACAAAUGCUGAUGCGCCAGAUAAGCAACUAGUCUAAAGAAGGCCAGUUUUAUUGCUUCUUUAAUGAGGACAACAGUUUUCAGCUGUGCUAACAUAAUUGCAAGAUGCUUUUCCAAAUAUCAAUUAGCCUUUUAAAUGAUAAACUUGGAUUAGCUAACACAACAUGACAUUGAAACACAGGAGUGAUGGUUGCUGAUAAUGGACCUCUGUACGCCUAUGUAGAUAUUCCAUAAAAAAAAUCUGCCAUUUCCAGCUACAAUAGUCAUUUAUAACAUUAAUAAUGUCUACACUGUAUUUCUGAUCAAUUUGAUGUUAGUCUAAUGGACAAAAAAAAAAAAUCUUUCAAAAACAAGGACAUUUCUAAGUGACCCCAAACUUUUGAACAGUAGUGUAUAUUGAGACUCUUGAGAGAUAUCAUUUUGAUCAAGAAUUAGCUUCUGAAUAAUAUGAUAACAUGUACAACAACAUAAAAGUGAACAUUAUUUUAACACAAAAAUAUAUUUAAAAACUGAAUUCAUGUAACAAAACAACACCAUUUUGUAAGAACUGUGUUGUAUGUAUAUUGCCUAUUUGUAUAUUGCAAUUCAGCUAAUGUUUUGUAGGUAAUGAUUUCGAUACAAUGUCAAUCACAGAUUUAAGUCUCUGAUGUGUGUUUUUCAUAUGUAAUAUCUUAAUAAAACGGAUU